AUGUCGAAAGGACCAGCAGUUGGAAUCGAUCUUGGUACCACGUAUUCUUGUGUUGGAGUUUUUCAACAUGGGAAAGUGGAAAUUAUCGCAAAUGAUCAGGGAAAUAGAACAACACCAAGCUAUGUAGCGUUUACUGAAACGGAACGCCUGAUUGGAGAUGCUGCAAAAAAUCAAGUCGCAAUGAAUCCCUCAAACACGAUUUUUGAUGCUAAGCGAUUGAUAGGUCGACGAUUUGACGAUCCUUCGGCGCAGGCAGAUAUGAAACAUUGGCCCUUCCAGAUCAUUAAUGACUCUGGGAGACCUAAAAUACAAGUGGAAUAUAAAGGAGAAACUAAAACAUUCUACGCUGAGGAGAUUUCCUCUAUGGUGUUGACAAAAAUGAAGGAAACAGCUCAGGCAUAUCUUGGAAAAACUAUCACAGAUGCUGUGGUGACUGUGCCAGCGUAUUUCAAUGAUUCUCAGCGCCAGGCUACAAAAGACGCAGGUGUGAUUGCUGGCUUAAAUGUCUUGCGUAUUAUCAAUGAGCCAACUGCUGCUGCCAUUGCAUAUGGUCUGGACAAGAAAGUUGGUUCUGAACGCAAUGUCCUUAUCUUUGAUCUUGGUGGUGGUACAUUUGAUGUCUCCAUUUUGAGCAUUGAAGAUGGUAUAUUUGAAGUCAAAUCUACGGCUGGAAACACUCACCUUGGGGGUGAAGACUUCGACAACAAUGUUGUUGAUUUUUUUGUGAAUAAUUUCAGAACAAAGUACAAGAAAGAUCUUUCAACCAAUAAACGUGCUCUGCGUCGCUUGAGGACAGCCUGUGAACGUGCCAAGAGGACCCUCUCCUCCAGCACCCAAAGUAGUAUCGAGAUUGAUUCCUUGUAUGAGGGAAUUGAUUUUUAUACCUCACUUACUCGUGCCAAGUUUGAAGAAUUGAACAGAGAUUUAUUUGACAAAACCAAAGACCCUGUUGAAAAGGCUUUAGGUGAUGCUGGAUUGGCCAAGAACCAGGUUCAUGAGGUUGUGUUGGUUGGAGGAUCAACUCGCAUCCCAAAGAUUCAAGAGAAGCUGCAGGAUUUUUUUGAUGGCAAAGAACUCAACAAAAGCAUCAAUCCAGAUGAAGCUGUAGCCUAUGGUGCUGCAGUUCAAGCUGCAAUUCUGAGUGGUGACAAGAGUAGUGAAGUUCAGGAUUUGUUGCUUCUAGAUGUAGCACCAUUGUCACUUGGAAUUGAGACUGCAGGAGGAGUUAUGACAGUUCUUAUCAAGCGCAACACAACCAUACCCACCAAGAAGACAGAAUCCUUCACUACCUAUUCAGACAAUCAAACCAGUGUCCUAAUCCAGGUCUUUGAAGGAGAGAGAGGAGUGACAUCAGGCAACAAUCUGCUUGGAAAAUUUGAGCUGUCUGGCAUUCCACCAGCCCCACGAGGAGUUCCACAGAUUGAAGUGACUUAUGACAUUGAUGCAAAUGGAAUCUUGAAUGUUUCAGCUGUUGACAAGAGCACUGGUCGUGAGAAUAAGAUCACCAUCACCAACGACAAAGGCAGAUUGUCCAAGGAUGAUAUUGAUCGCAUGGUGCGUGAAGCUGAGAAGUACAAAGCUGAAGAUGAUUUGCAACGUGACAAAGUCCAGGCCAAGAACUCACUGGAGAGUUAUGCAUACCAUAUGAAGAGCACAGUGGAAGAUGAAAAGGUGCGAGAUAAGAUCUCUGAAGAUGACAGGAAAACAAUUGUCGACAAGUGCAAUGAAACUAUUAGCUGGCUUGAAAGCAACCCUGAUGCAAGUAAAGAUGAAUAUGAUAAGCGACAAAAAGAAUUAGAGAGCAUUUGUAAUCCAGUGAUUACAAAGUUAUACCAGGGUUCUGGAGGUGCCCCUCCUCCAGGGGCAGGAGGCUUUCCUCAGGGGGGUGGGGCUCCUACCUCUGACUCGGCUAGUUCUGGAGGACCAACCAUUGAAGAAGUUGACUGAGGAAAAUGUUGCCUGAGGAAGGAGAUUUGUUCACUGAACUUUUUUAGAUUAAAUUGAGUUAUUCAGUGUUUCCUGUAUGCUUUAAGGUAAAGAGAGCUCAGAUUGUUUGAAGUUUAAUGUGGUGAAGCUCCAAGAGUAAUGCAUGAAAAAAGCGGAAAAAGCAUUCCUUGAAAACUAGAUCAAUCCUGUCUCAUUUGUACACAAGUUUUGGAAACACCUUGUUUUGAUCUCUGGUGGCUUAGUUAGGUAUUGUAGCUUCUCUAUUUGUUAAGGACCAUGACUGAAAACUUUUUGGCCUCAGAGUUAAAGAGCCAUUCACUCGGAGUUAGGACUGGAACAUUGGGAUCCUCUGCUUAGCAGGAGCAAUUUUGAUAUGGAUUUUCUGAAAGUUGAUUUCACAAGUUUGUAGUGUGUAUUUUGUUAAACUGAGUAAGAGGGCGAGAGUUUGUCAGGUGUGUGGAACACCUUAAGUAUUCUGACAAAUAUUAAAACAAGAUAUGCAGCAAAGAAAAGAGGGGCUCAAUCAUAACAUGCCUUA